AUGCCUCAUAAACAUACCAGGAAGCGCGAUGAUGAUGACAGGCACUUCGACCUCGCACCAAAUCGAAUCGCGAAGCCUCUUCCCUCGUUUGAGGCGACGCCGAAGAAUGAAAAGAAGGGCAAGGGCAAGCAGAAGGGAAAGAAAAAGGAGCAAGAGCAGAGUAAUCUCAAACGAAAACGAGGAUUCACGGCCCAGUUCAAGGAAGAUGAUACACCCCGCGCAUUUGCCAGAUUGAUGCAGCUCCAAGCCGGUCAAAAACCACGAUCGGGGCUCGACGAUGGCGAGAACAAGAAAUCGAGAAAGAAGAGAAAGGUUGAGCAGUUGGCGAAAGAGGAUACACAACCUUCUCCCAAGACCACCGCGAUAGACCCACGAACAGGCGAAGAGCUCAAGAUCCUUCCAGGCGAACGAAUGUCCGACUUUGCGGCUCGCGUCAACCAAGCACUCCCAGUUUCAGGUCUCUCCCGCAAAGCAAAAAGUGCAGAUGGUCAAAAAGAGCGGCAAACCAAGACCGAGAAGCGACUGCAUAAAAUGUACGCCGAGUGGAGGGAAGAGGAGGCUCGUCGCAAAGAGAAGCUUGAAGAGCUACAAGAACAACAGGAAGAGCAAGAUGAAGAGAAGACGGCCGAGUAUGGAGGGCAGGACAUCCAUCUACCUUCAUCGAGCCGCCAGUCGAAGAAGAAGCGUAUGGUUGGUGAGAUCGAUGAUGAUGACGACGAUCCUUGGGCGGUUCUGAAGACCAAGCGUGAAGCUCCUAAAGGACUGCAUGACGUUGUGCAAGCGCCACCAACUAUGAAUGUUGUGCCCAAGGAGAAAUUCAAAGUGCGGAAUGGUGCUAAGGUCAGCGUUGCCAAUGUGCCCGGUGCAUCUGGGAUGAAGAGUCUAAAGCAAAGGGAGGAACUGAGCGAGGCAAGGAAGGAUGUAAUCGAGCGCUAUCGUGCUAUGAUGAAGGGCGGUGGAAGGCUAUGA